AUGGGCCGCGUUCGCACCAAGACUGUGAAGAAGACGGCCCAGGUCAUCAUCGAGAAGUACUACACGUGCCUGGUUAAUGACUUCCACACCAACAAGCACGUGUGCAAGGAGAUCGCCAUUAUCCCCAGCAAGAAACUCAGCAACAAGAUAGCCGGCUAUGUCAUGCAUCUGAUGAAGAGGAUUCAGAGAGGCCCUGUGAGAGGUAUCUCUAUCAAGUUGCAGGAAGAAGAGAGAGAAAGGAGAGAUAAUUAUGUUCCUGAGGUCUCAGGCCUGGAUCAGGAGAUCAUUGAGGUAGAUCCUGACACCAAGGAAAUGCUGAAGCUUCUGGACUUUGGCAGCCUCUCUAACCUGCAGGUUACUCAGCCUACAGUUGGGGUGAAUUUUAAAACACCGCGUGGAGCCCACGGUGCCGCUCUUCCUACCUGCUCCAGCAUGGAUCUUCGUGGUCCUGCAAAGUCUUUGCAAUUGUUGGGGCAGCUGGCAGCUUCUGAAUAA